AUGACUGCACUUUAUAUGGCAUGUCAGAGUAAUAAUAUAAAACUAACAAAUUUAUUACUUGAUCACAAGGCCAUAAGCACUCAAAGUGACAACAGAGGCAUUACUCCCCUCCAUUUAGCAUGCAUUCACUCUAAUGCUGAUAUGGUCGAUCUACUCCUAAAAUUUGAUGGUUUAAUCAAGAAAAAAAUUAAAGGACAAGCAACUCCACUGUACCAUGCCUGCCAAAAACGUAACAUAGAAAUAGCUCAACUUUUGCUUGAAAAGGGUGUAGAUGUUGAUGAUGGGGACAACACUUGUACGCCUUUACAAAUGGCAUGUUUGAACGGCAAUUAUCAGCUUGUACAAAUCCUUGUAAAAUAUAAAGCGAAAUUGAACAAAAGUGACGAUAAGGGUAGAACUCCACUAUAUCUAGCAUGUUCAGAGGGUCAUAAACAAGUAGCCAAAUUAUUACUAAGCAAUAAUGCUAAUGUCAAUAAAUGGAAUACAUCAAUGCAAACGCCAAUAUUCAUCUCAUCGAAAGAAGGACAUUCAGACGUUAUUGAUGUUUUGACAAAAUACAAUGCAGAUAUUAAUCAACCAAAUAAAGAUGGCACAAGACCCCUCCAUGCUGCAUGUGAGAAUAAUGAUACUGAAGUUUUAGAAGUGUUACUGAAAAACAACGCUGCAAUCAAUAAUAUCAAUGUUCAAAAUGAAACUCCCCUCCAUAUUGCAUCUGACAAAGGAUAUGUAAAAAUCGUCCAGGCAUUAUUGAAAAAAGAUUCGAUCGAUGUCAAUAUCCGAAAUAUUUCUGGUAAUACACCGUUGCACAAUGCCUGCAUGAUUGCGAAUAUAAAAGUGGUUGAACUACUUCUUCAAGCUAAACCCGAAGUUGGUUUGGCAAACAAUGAUAACAAUACAGCGUUGUUCAUUGCUUGUCAAAGAAAUUUAUAUCCCAUCGUUUCAUUACUGCUCAAAUAUACAGGAUCCGUAGAUGUAGAAACACGAUCAUCAACAUCAAUGCUUACUCCUUUACACGUAGUAUGCAUACAAGGCAGUAUUGAUAUAGUAAGACUUAUACUAGAAUAUGUAAAUGAUGUCAAAAGUAGGGACAUUUUAUGCUUAGAAGGAUACAACCCAUUGCACUAUGCUAUAAUAAACAGGAAAAUUGAAAUUGUAAAUUUGCUAACAAAAAAAGGGGAGGAACUUCUGCAAAAGACCAAGUCUUAGGCACAGUGCCAUUUGUUUUUAUUAACUUCGUGUUUAUCGUCAAAUUGACAAAGCUCCAUACUUAAAUCAUUUACUGUUUAAAUACAGACACAAGACAAGCC